AUGCAAAUAGAACACAUAGGUGAACUUUUUACAAUUAGAGCGCUAAUUGAUCCUGGUUCUCAACGAACUUUUCUAACAGAAAGAAUUCGUAAUCGUCUUCAGCUACACUAUGAAAAAUCUCAUUUCGAAAUAAUAGGUAUUGGUGGACAAAAGCAGUCGGCAAACAAAGAAUGCGAGUUUGUUUUGUACGCCAAAAGGUAUGACUUACGAAUUCCCAUUAAAGCCAUAGUGCUACCAAAAGUAACAAAAAGACUUCCAGCGCAAACUUUUGAAAUACCUUACUCAACCGAUUUAGAUGAAUUAGAUCUUGCAGAUCCAACAUUCAACAAAUCAUCUCAGGUAGAUCUAAUUUUAGGUAAUGAUUAUGAACACUCUAUAAAUAUUGAAGGUGUUAAGAAAAAUGUUUGUGGGCAAACAUCGGCCUAUAACACUGUCUUCGGUUGGGUACUCAGUGGUCCCAUAAAAGCACAACCAAUACAGACAUUCACAACUACUGUUGUUCCGAAUGAAAACUCUGAGCUAAACUCUCUAUUAAGAAAGUUUUGGGAACAGGAAGAAAUUCCAGUAGCUCGCUCAAAAUCAGCAGAAGAUGAGUUUUGUGAAAGUUUUUACACAACAACAACUACACGUAACGAAAAUGGUAGAUACAUCGUGCGAUUACCAUUUAAACCUGAUUUUCCAGACAAAAUAUUUCUAGGAUCAUCACGAUUCAUAGCCCUAGCUCAGUAUACGAGCAUGGAAAAAUCACUAUCCAAAGAUCCCAACCUUCAAUCACAAUACAAGGCUGUUAUAAAUGAAUACAUCACUCUAGGUCAUAUGGACGAAACGUCAUUUAAUGAAAUUAACUCCCACGGUAAAUAUGGUUCAUUUUAUUUACCACAUCAUGCCGUAGUUCGCCCAGAUCACAAAACAACCAAAGUCAGAGUUGUUUUUAAUGCAUCUAGAAAAUCUAAGUCCCAAUUCUCUCUUAAUGACAUUUUAUAUACAGGUCCCACACUUCAAAACGAUUUGAUGUCCAUAAUUCUAAAUUUGAGAAAAUAUCAAUAUGUUUUUAAUGGGGACAUUCAAAAAAUGUAUCGUCAGAUACUAUUACAUACUGAUGAUAUACCCUAUCAAAGGAUUUUAUUUCAACCUCUAGAUGACGGCCCAAUUAAAGAUUACGAAUUAAAAACGGUAACUUUCGGACUACACUGUGCCCCAUAUCUCGCUAUUCGAACCCUUUUAAAACUAGCUUCUGAAUCUGCAUACCCUGAAGCAGCUUCAAUACUGCGCACAGAAACGUAUGUUGAUGACAUACUGUCAGGAGGUUAUUCAUUAGAAGAUGCUCUUUCAGCUCAAAAACAGAUUGUACUUGUAUUGAAAUCAGCUGGAUUUCCCCUAAAGAAAAUCACUGCAAAUCAUCCUAAAUUGCUUGCUCAUAUUCCAAAAGAGGAUUUAUAUGAUUCAGAUUUUCUUCGCUUCCACGAUGCAAGCUCUACCAAAACACUUGGUAUUAAGUGGAACGCGCUCUCAGACUCGUUUUCCUAUAAUAUUGAUCCAAUUGAACAAGCGACAAAAAUAUCUAAGCGUCAGAUUCUUUCAUCAGUGGCAAAAUUGUUUGAUCCAGCUGGUUGGCUCGCACCUAUUGUUAUAAGGGCAAAAACACUCAUUCAACAACUCUGGUUGGAAUGCCUAGAAUGGGAUGAAGAUGUAUCACAAGAAUCUUUACAAAAGUGGAAUGCAGUUGUUCAAGAUCUGUCUCAAGUGACAACAAUUUCAAUAUCUCGAUGGAUACAAUAUAAUCCUUCAGACAAAAUUCAACUGCAUGGGUUCUCAGAUGCUUCUAAAAUAGCUUAUUGUGCCACAAUUUAUGUGAGAUGUCAAACUAGUUCCCAAAAUACGUUCGUUAAUUUAUUAGUAGCGAAAAGUAAAGUUGCCCCUAUCAAAACGGUUUCUCUGCCACGUUUGGAACUAAGUGGCGCAGUCCUUUUAGCGAAUCUCGUCAAUUAUGUCAUUUCAUCAUUAAACCUCAAUACUGAUGAGAUUCAUUUGUGGACUGAUUCCUCGAUAACGCUAGGUUGGCUCUCAAAACCUCCUUCGACAUGGGAAACAUAUGUCGCUAACAGAAUAGCUCAAAUUCACAGAUUAGUGUCAGAUGCAAAAUGGCAUCAUGUUCCCUCUCACGACAACCCAGCAGAUCUUGGUACCCGAGGUUGCAAGCCCCAAGAUUUAGAGCACAAUUCUCUCUGGUGGAAUGGACCAUCAUGGCUUACUAAACCAGCAACAGAGUGGCCAAAAAGAAAUUGCCUCAAAACUUCGUAUAUAUCAAAAAAUGAGACCCAAUCACUACAUUCAGAAGUACAAGACAGUGAAAUUUUGAGUAGAUUCUCGUCUUAUAGCAAAGCUUUACGAGUUGUAUGCUAUAUGUUCAGAUUUUAUAAAAAUUGCAUGAAAAAUUUACGAAAAAAAACUCAACAACAGUCUUUAAUUAAUUUAACACAUGAGGAAAUGAAAUUUACGAAAUCACGUCUAAUUACACUGGCUCAAGAAACAUUUUAUCCCGAAGAAUACAAAUGUUUGCAAGCCUCUAAAAAAUUGCCAAAUAAAAGCCCCUAA